UUCUGUGGUUUGAGCUUCCGCGCGCGUCGACGUGAAGAAGUCAAUCUCCAAACAUUCUGAUCGAACAUUAUUGUUAAAGAUGUCGAACGUCAGACUGCAGCAUUUCAGGAGCUUUUUAACCGAACGCUUUACUUCUUUGGCCGUGGACAUAUUUGGAGAGAUUGAAACUAUUGUGGAGGCGUACUACGAGGAAAACAAACAUCUGCGGAAUGUUCUGCACAUGGUGCUUAACCCUGAGAUAAAGCUACCGAGGAUAGAUGUUCCCCAAUACACUGGAGCAGCCACAGACGUCAGAGAGCAGCCCCCUGAGCCCAGCAAUAAGGUGGAUCCGGAAAUAUCAGAGCCGCUACCUAAGAAACCUAAAGAAGAGCAAAUUGAACAUGAAAUAAGUUUGGGAUCAGAACAACAACAACAACAACGACUAGAGCCGGGGGAAGUUGGUAACUUAAUUUUCAGAGAGCAGCCCCCUCAGCUGAACAUUAUCCACUACACUGGAGCAGCCACAGACGUCAGAGAGCAGCCCUUUGAGCUCAGCAAUAAGGUGGAUCCGGAAAUAUCAGAGCCGCUACCUAAGAAACCUAAAGAAGAGCAAAUUGAACAUGAAAUAAGUUUGGGAUCAGAACAACAACAACAACAACUAGAGCCGGGGGAAGUUGGUAACUUCAUUUUAAAUGUGAAAAGUGACCCCAAAGAAGAAGAAGAAGAAGAAGAAGAAGAAGAAACCAGCAUGCCCUGCAUUAUUGACUCAUUCCACGUAAGAGUGGUUGAGGUCAACUCCGACUCUCCAGGAAUCCUCUCAGCUGAUGAAGACGAGGACUGUUACGCUGAUGAAGACGAGGACUGUUACGCAGCAGCCUCGGAUACUUCGGAACCUCGGGUCCCAGAUCUCCCACAGCUACCCAGCAGCGAGGAGAGCACAAGUAGAAGUCGGGAACUUCAAAAACGUGAUAAAAAGUCAGGAACAGGCUCAACGAAGCCAAGGUGGUCCCUACAGAAAACCAUGCUAGAAUUACCAAGGAUGGCGACCCAGCCAUCUUUCCUUCCUGCCCCGACUGACUGCCGGUCCUUUUUGACAAGGCUCACAGAAGCCUUCAAGAAUUUUCCAGAUGACAAGAAGCCUCUGAUAACUAAAAUGGGCCUCACGGAGGAUGUGGAGUUGGUGGACUGUGCUUUUGGUAAAGUCCCUAAAGGUUGCUCCCUGUCCUAUCAGUGCCCCGUACCAUCAGAAAGGGAUUACAGGAUUCACAUCGACGAACCCCCUCGACCGCUGCUCCCCCUGGCUGAUCACAGACUGAAGCCGAUGCCGGUCGUGCCUACCCUCAGCGCCAAGGAGCAGGAACACAUGGACGUCAUGCAGAUCACCUGGGAGGCAGCGCACCUGCUGGAGCAAUCCACGCGAGGACGCAAGGAGGAAGAAGAGAAGCUGAGGACCCUGCGUUUGACCAGCCGUUUCAAGGAAGUCUGCAAGCUCAAACCAGGAAGGACCAACGCGCAGCACCUCCUAUUCAAGAUACAGAAAGGAUUACCCCGGUGCAAGGCGGCGCAGAUAGAGGAGGAAAUGAAGGCCGAGGCACUUCUGGAAUACUGUAAACAUUUGCGCGUCAACUGGUCCCCCUGCGGGUUCGUCAUCCACCCGAAUGCUCCGUGGCUGGGGGCGCUGCCCAGCGGGUUGGUGUACGACCCCAAGGAGACUCCCAGCUUCGGGCUGGUGCACGUCAAAUUCACCGGGUUCAGGAGCUUCAUCGAGUGCAAGUUCCUGUUCUACCCGGACGGAAUCCUGCAACUGAAGAGCACCCACUCGCACUACUGGCAAAUCCAAGGAGAGAUGAUGGUGACGGGCACGGAGUGGUGCGAUCUGCUGGUGUUCUCCAGAGAAGACAUGCUGGUUCAGCGCAUCUACCGAGACGAUGCCAUGAUCAACAUCAUGAAGAAGAAGUUGGAUGAUUUCUUUUAUUACUACUACCUGCCAUGUUUGUCUUAAACUGACGGCCCAGCUCGAGCGUCGCCGCACUGCUGUUAUACAGUACUUGCUGGUGGUUGGUUGUGAGUUUUCACAGAUUGCAAACUACUUGAAUGUCAUUUUUUUUUCUGAUCACACAUGUUCAUCUGGCGUUAUUAAACAGACAUUGUAUUAGUUUCAUUGAGUCUAGUCGACAAGAAGGUUUUUAUUCUGUAAUGUUUCUCUCGUUGAAGUAUGUUUUCAUUAACCACGGAUACAUUAUUGAUCUUUUGUACUUUCUUUUUCUUUGAAAUGACUGUCGAGAGAGCCAGAUCCCGUAGGUAAUUCAAAACUGAAGUAGAGUUUAUAUUUGUCAUGUUUACCUCUCUUACUGCUCUCCAGAGGUGUCCUGUUCUAGGGCUGCACCUACUUUAAAGACUCUUUUUUUUAAAUUAUUGAUUAAUCUGCUGAUCAUUUACUCGAUUAUUCUAUUAUCCUACCUCAAUUUCCUCGAACCCAAGCUCACAUUGCUUACACUUUCCUUACACCUCAAACCCUUUCAGGUCUCAGGUCUUAAACUUUCAAUAAAAGCAAAAAUCAAACUUAUUCAGCUCUCCUAACUCCCACAACUUACACUGUUCAUACACAAUUUACUGAAAGUGAUUUCAUUGCUUGCAUAACACUGACAACAUUUUCAGUUAUUUUACAGUAAAGAAAGAUAUUUGAAGAAAAACAAGAGGUUGAAUUCGCAAUGAUUGAUUAUAUUGUUAAACACAGCAUUGCGGAGGUAAAGCCAAUGGCAACAAAACAAGGGCUCAGGUGGAG